GAACGUGAGGGGCGGGAAAUAGACCAGCUGCGCACGCGCGCCGCGCGAAUGUGUUUGUGUUUUUGCGUGCGUGUCUAUGUAUGUAUGAAACUGGAAAGGGACCUGGGUGCAAGAAGAUGAGUGAACAUACGAUACUCUCCUCUCGGUGGUAGCAGACGUUUUUGGCCGACUGCUGAGCCUUAGCAGCCUGUUCCAGGAGAGCUUUGGUUCUAGCCUUUGACUCGUUUCCACAACAGGAGCAGGCAUAAAAGUUUAAAAAAAUGAAAAUUUUUUCUGAGUCUCACAAAACGGUAUUUGUUGUGGAUCAUUGUCCCUAUAUGGCAGAAUCAUGCCGACAACAUGUGGAAUUUGACAUGUUGGUGAAAAAUAGGACCCAAGGAAUCAUACCACUGGCACCCAUAUCUAAAUCAUUGUGGACUUGCUCAGUAGAAUCCUCCAUGGAAUACUGUAGGAUUAUGUAUGAUAUAUUUCCUUUCAAAAAACUGGUGAAUUUCAUUGUUAGUGACUCGGGACCUCAUGUUUUAAAUUCUUGGACUCAGGAAGACCAGAAUUUGCAGGAGUUAAUGGCGGCAUUGGCUGCUGUUGGACCACCUAAUCCUCGUGCAGAUCCAGAAUGCUGCAGUAUCUUGCAUGGUCUGGUUGCAGCAGUGGAAACUCUUUGCAAAAUUACUGAAUAUCAACAUGAGGCUCGCACUAUGCUGAUGGAGAAUGCAGAACGUGUUGGAAAUAGAGGACGAAUAAUCUGUAUUACUAAUGCAAAAAGUGAUAGUCAUGUACGAAUGCUUGAGGAUUGUGUUCAAGAAACCAUUCAUGAACAUAACAAACUUGCUGCUAAUUCAGAUCAUCUUAUGCAGAUCCAAAAGUGUGAAUUAGUUUUGAUUCAUACGUACCCAGUUGGUGAAGAUAGUCUUGUGUCAGAUCGUCCUAAAAAGGAGUUGUCUCCAGUUUUAACCAGCGAAGUGCAUAGUGUUCGAGCAGGGCGGCAUCUUGCUACUAAAUUGAACAUUUUAGUACAGCAACACUUUGAUUUGGCUUCUACCACUAUUACCAAUAUACCAAUGAAGGAAGAACAACAUGCCAACACAUCUGCCAACUAUGAUGUGGAAUUACUUCAUCAUAAAGAAGCUCAUGUAGAUUUCUUAAAAAGUGGUGAUGUUCACUUGGGAGGCAGUAGUAGAGAAGGCUCAUUUAAAGAAACUGUAACACUUAAAUGGUGUACACCAAGAACAAAUAAUGUUGAAUUACAUUAUUGCACAGGAGCAUAUAGAAUUUCACCUGUAGAUGUGAACAGUAGACCUUCCUCCUGCCUUACUAACUUUCUUCUGAAUGGUCGUUCUGUUCUACUGGAACAGCCACGAAAAUCAGGUUCCAAAGUCAUUAGUCAUAUGCUUAGUAGCCAUGGAGGAGAGAUUUUUUUGCACGUCUUGAGCAGUUCUCGAUCCAUUCUAGAAGACCCUCCUUCAAUUAGUGAAGGGUGUGGUGGGAGAGUUACAGAUUACCGGAUUACAGAUUUUGGUGAAUUUAUGAGGGAAAACAGAUUAACUCCUUUUCUAGACCCCAGAUAUAAAAUCGAUGGAAGUGUUGAGGUCCCUUUGGAACGAGCAAAAGAUCAAUUAGAAAAACAUACUCGUUAUUGGCCUAUGAUUAUUUCACAAACCACCAUCUUCAACAUGCAAGCAGUAGUUCCAUUAGCCAGCGUUAUUGUCAAAGAAUCCUUAACAGAUGAAGAUGUGUUAAACUGUCAGAAAACAAUAUACAACUUAGUUGAUAUGGAGAGAAAAAAUGAUCCUCUGCCUAUUUCCACAGUUGGUACAAGAGGAAAAGGCCCCAAAAGAGAUGAGCAGUAUCGUAUUAUGUGGAAUGAAUUGGAAACCCUUGUCAGAGCUCAUAUUAACAACUCUGAGAAACAUCAACGGGUCUUAGAAUGUCUGAUGGCAUGUCGGAGCAAACCCCCAGAAGAAGAAGAGCGGAAGAAACGAGGAAGGAAGAGAGAAGAUAAAGAAGACAAAUCAGAGAAAGCAGCGAAAGAUUAUGAGCAAGAGAAGUCCUGGCAAGAUUCAGAGAGAUUAAAAGGAAUUUUAGAACGUGGAAAAGAAGAAUUAGCUGAAGCAGAGAUUAUUAAAGAUUCUCCUGAUUCUCCAGAACCUCCAAACAAGAAGCCUCUUGUUGAAAUGGAUGAAACUCCACCUGUAGAAAAAUCCAAAGGGCCAAUGUCCUUGCUGUCUUUGUGGAGUAAUAGGAUUAAUACUGCCAACUCCAGGAAGCACCAGGAAUUUGUUGGUCGUUUGAAUUCUGUCAACAAUAGAGCUGAAUUAUAUCAACAUCUUAAAGAGGAAAAUGGAAUGGAGACAACAGAAAAUGGAAAAGCAAGCCGGCAGUGAGCAGUGACUUGAAGAACUAAACCUUAGUAUAUGGCAUAAACUGUUUUAUGCUAGAUUUGAUACUAGUACUUUUUCAGCAAGAUUGUAUAGUUACCAUGCCUGGACUGGUUUUUACAAUUUUAUAAAUUUCAUCUAAUUCGAUCUUUUUUGUACAAAAUAUAGAACUGGCACAUGAUAAGUGAAGGAUUCAUAGAUGGGAUUUGUCCUACAAAUCAUAAAUGCAUUUUUAAAGUAAAGAGCAUUCCUUUUGGAAAUGUUAAAGAUGGUCUUGUACUUCUCUUUGCCAAAUAAAAUUGUUAAAAAAUAUCUUUAAAAUAAAAUAUUGGAGAAUUUUUAAAAUUUAAAAAUGUUGCUAUACUUAUUUAGCCAAAGCUGGUUUUCAAAAUUUUUUAGAAAUGUUUUGAAAUAUUCUAAGAUCAUAAGAGUUAAUAUAUAACCAUGAUUGUAAUCUGUCUUGUUAAGCAUUGAGCAUUCGAGAGACUACUCUGCAAACACUGAUUACUAUGCAAGGUACUGUACUAUUAUCAGAUUAUGUUUUCUUUUGCCAACAAACUUUUUUUGCCUUAUGUUUGAUGUUUUCAAGAAAAAUCUAUUUUAAAACAGUUUUUUAAAAUUGUAUUUUUAAAAAUUGUUCUGGAAAAUAGUAUUUAGUAAUCUUGGCUAAUUUUUUUAAGUCAGUACUGAACAUGCCACUGUAUCUCCUGCCAUUGAUAAGAUUUUUCUUUUUUUCAAGUCUGUGAUAUAAGCAUUUUAGGCUGGAAUAUGAGAAAAUUUCAAAGCUCUCACAAGUGCUGUGAAUGUAUGAUCUUGUCUGUGUAGUUAGUAUAGUGCUGCCCAGUGCACUAGAUUUUCUUGGGAUUCUUGUUUUCUUAAAGAGAGUUUAUCUAGAAGAUGACUAUUGACAAAUAAUUGUGGGGCUUCUAAUGAAAAGAGGUAGUUUUGCUAAGUCUAGAUUACCUAUCCAACUUUAGGAUUUUCAUGUCUUGAAAGAAAAAGGAAAACCCUUGAAUUUCAAGUUUCAUUUUCACUCAUGCUUUGAAACUUGUCUCUUUUCUGCCUUUCAAUGCAAGGGUACUCUAUAUGUAGAGCUCAUAGGCUUGGUGUUUCCAUGAAAAUGUGAUCAAUGUAGUUAACUUUCUGAAUUUAAAAAUAGCUAGGUACCAUUUUCUGUCAUCAUUCUAGAGUAGCUUCUGAGUAUGUUCUUCUUAUUCCUUGAUUACACUAACCAGAAGUCCCUGUGUAAGAGUUUUAAUUGAGACUUUUAUUUUUUCUUAAUUGUGAUGAAGCAUAAAUGUUUGUUAAUCUCAAUAUUAUCACAUAAGAGUUGAACUGAUACAUAUAUAUGUACACUAGAAAUACAGUGAUUGCGUGCUUCAGAAAUAGCUAGGGCCUGUGAACAUAAGUCUUACAAUCUCCAAAACAUAGUCAAUAUUUCAACAUCUUGCUCUAAAAGAGGGAAAACUUUUUAACUGAAUUGGCAAAUUUAUGGAUUUCAAAAAACUUUAUACAGCUGCCUUCAGGCAUUAUGUUAUAUAGUACAAAGAUAUUUCUAAAAUCAGCUUAUUAAUGAUUUGAAGCCUUGAAGAUAACACUGGAUUUGUUCUUCUAAUUGUUGCUUUUAGCUCCCAGUUUAGUAAUGCACAUCGCCUUUAUUUUCUCUCAAGUAUGCUUUAUAAGACACCACUGAAUUGUGUUUGUGCUAUUUCCAGCAAAUUGUAGUUAAAUUAACAAAUAAAAUUCAAGAACAAAAGCUUAAAAAAAAAAAAGUAGAUAGAGCUUCUUAAAUGAGAGUAAAUCUACCAAUUUGCCUAAUAUGAGGCAACUUUAGUGGUGCAGGGAUAGAUCCUGAACUUAAAGUCAGAAAAACUUGAAUUUAAAUGUGGCCUCAGAAAUUACCUGUGUAAAUCAUUUAAUUUUAUCUUUUUUUUUUUUUUUUUAAUUAAUUGAGGAAGAUAAUAGUACCAGUCUCAGGGUUGGGAGGAUUAAAUGAGAUGCUAUUUGUAAAGUGCUUGGGACAGAUCUUAACACUUAGGCAUUUAAUAAAUGUUUAUUACAGUACUUGUUUAUGUUUAUGAAGGCUAUAAAGAUGGUGCAGAAAAUCCUAUGGGUGUCAAUAACUGAUAAUAUUAGCAUCAAAAAGAUGACUACUCUUUGCCCAAGUAAAGUGGAUAGAAAAAAGCAUAUGCUUCCUUAUUCAUCCUGGGAAAUUAAUUGUAAACUAAGCAGUUAUCUAGAUGAAUAAAGAUAAUUUUAGGGGAAAAUGUAAUUUCCCAUUGCUGAACAAAAGUGUGAAAGUGUGUGUGUGUGUGUGUGUGUGUGUG